CUUUAGUUGGGUAUUCCGGCAGAGGAGUGCUACGUUAAUGGUCCAGGGUAUGACAGCGGGCAAGAGGGACCAACUAUGCCAAAUAUCAAUGAAAGAUUAGGCUACCUUCGUCCAUCGCGAGAAUUAUUAGAAUACUACCGUAAGAAAAUAGCUGAUUAUGAUGUGGAACAGGAGGUCGUUGUGGGUAAAUUAGAGGAAUACAGGAAAACAUAUGAGGACCAGCACAAAAUUCAAUAUGAAGUUCGAUCGCGCGAGGAGGAGAUUGCUGAGCUGCAGAAAGCCCUCAGUGAUAUGCAAGUCUACCUAUUUCAGGAGAGGGAACAUGUUUUACGAUUAUAUGCUGAGAAUGAUCGAUUAAAGAUUCGAGAACUGGAAGACCGUAAGAAGAUCCAGCAUUUGUUGGCGUUGAAUGGAGCCACAGAGAGUGAAAUUACAUACUUCUUGAAGGAACCGCCUGCAAAAGCUAUCGUACCACAAAAACUACCAAAGAAAUUGCAAGAGGACCUCAAACGAGAUGCAUAUAAACCCACCAAAGGUCCGAGUAAACCACGAGAUGGCCGCAGCGUGUCACCAGAGGCCGAGGACAGGUUUCUUCGAGAUAACGAGACGUUUCGUCUCCAAAUCGAAGCGCUUCAGUCGCAGUUGGAGGAGCAGACGAAGUUGGCCAAGGAGCAGAUCGAAGCUUUGAUGGAGGAUCGUCGGGUCAAGACGGAGGAAUUUGAAACGAGGCGGGAGAGGGAUGCGGAGAAAAUCAAAACUCUUACGGAGAAAUUACACAAAACACAAGACCUUCUUUACGAUAGUACGAAAGAUUUCCUCGAGUUACGUUACGAGGGACGAGCAAAUGAGAGGAAUUGGAUGGCGGAGAAGGACGGCCUCUUGCAAGAAUUGGACGCCUGUAAAGCGCAGUUGAAUAUCAGUCGCGACAAGGUGCUGGACAUCACGGAGGGAAUGGCUCUGCAGACGCAACAGAAAUAUGUGGAGGAUAUUAAGGGUUUGGAAUACCAGCUGAAGCAGUCCCAGAAGCUGUCGUCGAUGUAUCGAGAGCAGGUGAUUCAACUUGAGGAUGAGUUGUCGCGUAUACGAGAGGAGGGUGACGUCAGUAGAGAAAUAUUCAGGGAUCGCACCGAGAAGAUGAGGACACGCCUUGGUCUGAUGAACGCCCGGUACCAGGACCUCGAGAAGCGUCGGAACCUCGAAGUGGAGGGCUUCAAGAAGGAUAUCCGAGACCUGAGGGCCAAGUUGAAGGAAGUCGAAAAGACGCUCUAUCGGGUGACUGUUGGCUUUGGGGAUGAGGAACAGCGUCCUGACGACAUCGAUAUGAAGAUCCUCCGCAACGUCAAGAGAACCGCCGGCCGAUCGAAACAGAUCCACGGCGACCUUAAAUCGCUCAAAUCAAAGAUUUACAGUCUCGAGAAUGACUUGAGACACCUAUGAGUGAGCAAGGAAACUAAAGUAUUUCAUGAAUACGUCGUUUGAGGCCUGAUUCAUUUCCUUGGCAGCUUUGUACUAAUGUUAAAGUAGGCCUCAUCAGCUGCAGAUUAUGCAAGGAUGGGUCCUUCAUGUACAAUUUUCAGGGAUGAGACUGUUCCAAUUUUUGAGGAAUUCCGGGGGUUUUUCACUUGUCAAAAGGGCUCAUUUGUCAACAGAAAGAUUUAUGCCCAGCCACUCCGUAGAACUUUGAAUUUUCAAAAUCAGACAAAAAGUAACCAUUUUAGAGGCAAAUUUUGCAAGUCAAGGUAAUUCAAGUACAGCGUUUUCGCAUGAAAGUUAUUUUCAUUUUUUUUGAGCGAAGCACUCUCACAUCCCUGAAUAUUGGACUUGAUGAUGAAUUCGUGAUAUUCGGAGUCUUCCUCCGUGAUCUGUCAUUCUGUGGUCGAGGCUUGGCUCCAAGGUUCUCUAUGUUGACCCAAACUUUAUUCGGAUAUUUUUGUUGAACACUUUUUGAGGUAAAUGAAUUUUGAAAAAUAGGUUGAGUGAGUUUGGUCCGAGUGUGAUGACAUCUUGUGACUAUUCAAAGAUGACGUCUUGUGACUAUUCGAAGAUGACAUCUUGUGACUAUUCAAAACAAGUGGAUAAGUCUGUGAAAUGAGCCAAACGAUACGAGUGUUUAUUCGGAUCAAUGUUUUAUUUGUUAUCCUUUUUAAAUGAAAAUGCAUUUAUUUGUAAUUGUACUUAAAAAUUGCUCAAAGUUACCAAGUGCAUUUAAAGAAGAAAGUUUUACGACUUUUCUGAUGUAUAUAGCUAUUAACAAACAUAAUCAUGUCAUUAAAAAUGAAAUAUUUUAACACAUUUUAACCAAAUGAGUGUCAUGAUGAAAGUGUUACACCCAUGUUGUUCCCUCAGGGUCUUUCAAUCCCAUCCUCCCAUAGCAGGCCUUUGGAUCGUUUCUGAAAUAAACUCAGAGUGUAUAAAACCAAUGUAGAAAGCCUGCUGUGAGAGGAUGUUCAAUUUCAAGUUGUGGAACUAGCAGUUCUCUCCAUCUGUCCCUCAAGCCAUGCAGCCAUUGGGUCUGCCCUGUACAGUGGACUACGUGGCACCAAAGUUGUCUAUCCUGUGUGGGGCGGAUCAGCUCUCUGGUCCUUUUUCCUCUCCAUUCCAUCCAAAUCCCCUUUGGUCGACCGCGUUUCAGGUUGCCUUCUGCUGUGCCCUGCAGGAUGAUGUUCGCACGGGUUUCCUUGGCUCCUGUCAUGUGGCCAAACCACCUCAGCUUCCUGUUAGCCGCAGUCAGAACACUGUCAUGGCGUCCAAUCUUGGUAGCGAUUGAUCCAUUUGGCAUUUAAGUUUAUCUUGUUAUUAUCCGUCAAACAUUUUGUGAUUGGGCAUUCUUGUCACCCUGGUGCAAAAUCAGUCUCCAGCAGUCGCUCCAUCCAAAUCCUUGUGAUGUCGGGGGG